GCAGACACUCAGGUAGAUCGUAAUCUGCCUCAAUCCGACGGGCGACGGUCACCUACUUCUUAUUGUUUCUUACCUAUAGGCAUAGACCUUCUACAUUCACGCUCGACAGACCAGUCCUAUCCCCGUGAGCAGACCAUGUGGGUUUCUCGUUAUCGAUAAGAAAAGCACCACAAAAUCCCCUCAUUGCCUCAGGGGCCCCUCCUUCAUCCUCUGGACUCGGUAUACUCUGUCGAUCAACUGUCUAUUAUACGUCGGCAAGAUGGACGUCUUUCUCUCUCGGCUCACCCAGCAGGCGAUGAACUAUGCCAUCCGUUCGGGGAUUGCCAUCACAGCAAACUAUGCAAUCGGUCAGUCGUCACGUUUGCUGAAAAAUGUGGAGAAUCGAGAAGAACGAGAGGAGCUCUUGUCUCUUCAGCAGCGACUGGAGAGCAAAAUCCAGGUCAUAUCUCCCGCCAUCGACAUGAUUGAGCUCAUAGCGGCCCGGGGUAAUACUUCGCUCGAAUCUGCCGUCUACCUGACGAAAUCUCUCCGAUUGGAUAUCCAGGCUCUGGGGCAGCGACUGGCAAACGCCGCCGCAUCAGAAGAACUGAUGCGCAGAGGCGCAAAAUCGUCCCGAGACCGGUCCCGCAAUGACGCCGAAAUCAAAUACAUUAUCAAAGAUAUCAAGAAACUGCUCAUCCGGAUAGAAGACGCGGUGCCGCUGAUGAACCUGGCCAUUACCACGUCCGGGGCCAAAUUGUCCACAAACUUGCCGUCCACCAUAUCGCCAAGCCGACUGCUGCAGGCCAGCACUUUCUUGACGGCGGGGGACACGCAGUAUUCGAUGUUCCCGGCGCAAGCGAUCCAAAUCGGUCCCACCUUCACGCUGUCGUUGUACAUGCUUUUUGCAAGCCAUCUGCGCCCCAAUGACGAGGAAGGGAUCCGCACGACGACGUGGAAGGAGGUCGUGCAUAAAGCUCGCUUGAAGCUUCGACGCGUUCCGAUGGAUCUCACCGUCCCUCCGGCAGAGGCGCCGCCACACCACGUGCAGCUCCCGGCCGAGGCCCGGGUGGAUGAAUUCGCCUACCAAUUGCUCCUGAUCGAAGAUCUCGACGACGGCCGGGUGCAUACGCUGGACGAGGAUGAACCACAGCCGCAGGCAUACGAAGACGUCAAGACCGCCGGCCUCCGCGAAAUCGUUCCCAUCCAUCAGAUUUCAAAAAUCUUCUACGCCGACACCGGCAAGAUCCUCAACAUCAGCCCAGACGGGGAGACCAACAACCCGGUCCUCCUCUUGAAGCGCGACAUCCACGCCAUACCACCGCGGCGCAUGGUCGAACGGGAGCAGUCGGCGUACGGCCACUCCGAUGACGACUCCGACCAGGACAGCGCAGUAGACGAGCUCCAAUCCCAGCUCGACGCCCAGCUGAACGGAUCCGCCUCCGCAGCACCCCACACCAGCUUCCACGAAACCUCCAUCCCCGACGAAUGGCGCUUCCCCAAAAACCUCGACCCCGAAUGGAUGGCCUUUGAAGUCUACAACGAAGAAGACGACUCAGACACCGAAUCUGAAGCCGACACCCCACAAUCCCGCCAACGCGAAGACUCCCUCGACCCGGAACAAUUCGCAAAGCUCUCCCUCGACCCAGAACAACGCCGAUCAACACCACCCCGCCCGCGCGGGCUCUCCAAACCCACCUCCACCACAACCAAAACCAUCACCAACCCCCUCUACAACAACAUCCGCACAUCGCUCUCCCUCCUCGAGACCCUCCUCCGCCUCACCUCCCUCCAACAAUUCCAACAACAAUCCCACCUCUCCAUCAGCGACGAGCUCCUCAACUUCUUCCUCGAAGAAUCCUCCACAACCGGCGCCGGCGGCGACGAGCAGCACCGCCAGCGUCUCCGCGCCGACGCCCGCCGCCGCGUCGGCUGGGACCCCUACGACGAAAGCCCCGUCAAGCGCCGCGGCGAAGACUACCAGUACGCCGGCACGCCGUUGCGCGCUUACUCCUCUCACGACGGGAGCGAUUACCCGUUUAACUCGCCGAGUGACUAUCGCGCGAGGGGCCUGCAUCUUCGCUCUAGGGAGCAUACGCCUAACCCUGAGACGCCGUCGCAGUCGCGCCGUGGGACGCCGGUGAAGAAUGGUUCGCGGCGGCAGAGUGCGAUGCGGGGUACGCCGCUUUCGAAGAUGUCGGGGCGGGUUGCGAUGGAUAGGCCUGGGUAUGAUGAUGAUGAUGAAUAUGAUGAUGAUGAUGAUGUGAGAUCCAAGGUGAAACGGGAGGAAUCGUGAUAGUCUUCUGCCAUGGUAGCAUGCUCUGUACCAGUCUUUUUUUUGUUUACUUUCUACUCAUGAUGUGUACGGAUAUGGAUAUGCCAGAU